AUGGCGACGUCGCGCGUCGCGCGCGCGACGCUGGACGUGCGAGGAUACGCCGCGGAUGGAAGCGCGCAUCGCGUGAGCGCGCGCGCGAGCUUCGAGUACGCGUACGAGACGAGGGAGGACGACGCGAACGCGACGGUGCGAGUGAUGCUCACGCCGAGCGACGGACGGGCGACGUUCGCGCGGUACGCGUGCGCGCUGACGCGGGAACGGUUCGAAACGAUGCGACGGGAACAGUCGUUGACGCUGCGGACGGCGAGGGAGUGCGCGGAGACGUGCGGGAGGGCGCUGGAGAAGGCGGCGCGCGGGGAGGGGCUCGCGGUGUUGGCGUGCGACGCGAAGAGCGGGAAAGCGAGGUUGGAGAUCGUGGAGGAGUACGCGAAUAGGUUGGUGAGCGUGAUGGAGAUGGAGUUUGAGAUGAUGGAUGACGUCGAGGUCAGGGCGAGGGUGUCGGAGGAGUACGGGCGGAUGAAGCGGACGUUGGCGGCGUACGAAGCCAAGUUUGGUCGGUUGGAGGCGUGA